CAUUAUAGUAGUAAGGAUGUUUGGCAUAUGGUUACAGCUUCAAAUUCUUGGUAUCCUAUCGCCUCAAACACCUCUACUACAAUGGCACGUGAGGAUACUCUGGGGCAAUCGGCCCAAUAAGAACCAGUGGAAGCCGAGGGCAUCAACUUGCCGCACCCAAAUCGGCAAUACCGAGAUCCGAGCUACAUGAUAAUGCACGAUAGGUUCUCCCGAGCAUGCCGACGCACCCC